ACAAAGACACAUCGAUCCUGUAUUAUUCCCUUAUUGCCAUUAUACGAUGUUACGAAUUGUGUUACCUGCACCUCUUGUGUCAAUCGGACUGGAAAUGAACACUGUUAUUAUUGAUCUUGUUGUCCCCUGCGUGCGUACGGAUUAUUGCUAAAAUAUGUGCUUCAUUCGAUCUUUAUAGCUUUCAAAGCGAUCUUCCUACGGUUUUUGUUACGAAUCGAGAGCGAGAGCAGAAGGGAAACCGACCUAAUGAAUAAGGCUAAAUCCUUACAAAUCUACCCGUCACCAAUUCAUUUUUGGCGAUUGAAGUGCAAAGUGAAUUACUACCUAGGUUUCAAAUGAAUAUCGGUGAGAGAUAGGUCUAUGUUUAGUCUGACAUUUAGUGUACAGUUUGGAUCGAGAUCAGUAGGCAAGCCAGUCCUUACCCAAGUGUGUUGUUAGGGAAGGCACGGUUCCACUGAUGUCCGAUUACGAGCUGCUCCUCGGCCCGAGGGAUUGGGGCCCUUACGAACGCAAAUGCCUGGACCAGGUGAGGCAGAAUUUGUUCCACGAGAUCGAGGAUGACCGUGGUCUCGGCCGGGGUCUGUCCAAGGCACUUCGGGGUCGGAUCGAGAGCUUGCCCAGUAGCGUACGGAAAAAGUUGGCGGAUGGAAUUUAUAACAAAUGUGCGCCUUUGUUCCGCGCUUGUGAGAAAGGUAAGACGGAAAUCGCGGAUUUCUUGAUCAGGGUGUGCGAUGCUGACAUCGAGCAGAGAGGUGUCAGCAUUACCUGCGUGCUGCAUCCGGACGAAUGGUAUUUGUGUACGCCUCUGGGUGGUGCCUGCGCAGCCGGAAAUUUUCGAGCCGUGAAAUAUCUCAUCGGGAAAGGUGCCAAUGUGGAUGGUCUAUCCGAGUGCGGUUCAACGCCUCUGCACAUCGCAUGUACGGCGAAAAAGCAGGACAUUGUUGAGUUUUUGGUGUGUAAUGGAGCGGACGUACGUAAACAGAACCAUACCGGUGAUACAUGUCUGAUGAACGCGGUCCGUUCCGAGAAACUGUGCAAAUAUCUUCUCGCCAAGGGAGCCGAUAUACACGCCUGUGAUUUAUACGAUCGAACCGCGCUGCACUAUGCGGUUGCGGGAGGUAAUGUUCAAACGAUUCGAUUGCUGCUGGAUCAUGGAGCCGAUCCGGUAGCCGAAACCCGUGACGGGGAAGACGUUUUGCGAAUGGCGUCUUAUAUGGGAGUAGCUCCGAUAGCACAGUACCUUAUAAACCGCUACAUCUACCCACCUGAACGGAUGCUCCAUGCCGUCGAUCUACUCGGCGCGACAAUGAUUGAUUCUUCGAACAACCACGCCAUAAUGUACUGGCAAUCCACCAAUCGACUACGACAGCUUGGAGACCUCCGAAAGCAACCGGAAAUUGCACCAAGAGCUGCCUUUGGAAACAGUGUUGAGUUCUCCAGUGAUGCCGAGCUGGACCUAAUCGCUUUCGACGGGGCAGAGCUCCGAAUUCAAAGUUGUAUUAUCUUCGAGAGGAUAUUGGGUAUCGACCAUGAGUACACGCUACGACUCCUGAUGAAUAAAGGGUUUCUGUUCGAGCAUGCCUUGCGAGAAAGAGACACUCGGAGGUGUUUUGAUUUGUGGAUUUUGGCGUUACAAGUGCGGGUUAGGAAGCACUCCGUACUGCAUUCCGAUACCUGCACUACAGUGCAUGCCAUUAUGCGGUUGAUGGAAAAUGCUCUCCACUGGAAUGACGACGAAACGGAGGAUAAUCCUAAUCCGCUACGAUUCCAGGAGGCUUUGGCUGUGUUUCAACUUUUGCUAUCGAACAUCAUCGAAGUGGAUCCGUUGCUCCGUAUACAACCUAUCCAUUGGAAGCAGAUGAAAAACUACGAUGGGAUCGUGCACUGUCUGCCGCUUCUGAUACACGUUCUGCUCUCCAUAGCCUCAAACGAGAAUGAACGUCAUUUGAUCCGAUGUGCCGUCAAGGAUCUGGUCCGAAAAAAGAUACGAUGUCUUUACAGCGGAGAAACGAUGCUGCAUUUGUCCGCUUCGAGACCGAAAAGAAUUGAAUCCAAAUUCGUGGUGGAAGUUGGCAGAACGUCAGACUUUUUCCCAAACGUGAAGGUAACGAAGCUGUUGCUGGAGUGCGGAGCGGACGUCGAUGCUUACGAUCGUACCCGGUCAACGCCGCUGCUGGUCGCUUGUUUAGAGAGCAACUACAAUGCAGAGAUUGUACGCGCCCUGGUCGAGCACGGUUCCCAUCUGGAUCGACCGAACAACGCAGGCGAUCGGCCGUGCUCACUUUUGGCGAAAUAUUCAGAGAAUGAUAUCGCCCUGGGUAGUCACAUAACGCUCAAAUGUCUCUGCGCGAACACGAUCGUCUGGCAUGGCAUCCCAUACCGAGGAGAACUUCAUCGCUCGCUGGAGAAUUUUGUUCGGGAGCACGAACCGAGGUGAACGCAUUCGCCUGUGCCUGCUGUGGAAACUGCACACAAUUUAUUAUAUUUAAACUGGACUGAACCAACUACUCGUAGUAAUAAUGGUGGACAUCGAAUAUAAGAUAUCAGUAUUUCUUAAAAAAAAUAUUUGAAUUUACAUUAUGGCUCCAAAAGUUGUCGAGCAGAAUCUAUAUGUGUGUGUCAAUGUGUUUUUAAAGCUUAGGUCAACCAGACGUGAAGCAGACUCAAAUGUGUUUAUUUCGUCCAUGAAUCAAGGAACUUUUAUCUAUUGAAAUAUAGGUAAUAAUAUAUAAUUUUAGGAAAAAAAUA